GCCUCGGCCAUUUAAACAUUCGGAAAUGGCCACCCGUUGGGGCAUCUGCAGCGCUGGGAAGAUCAGUCAUGACUUCACAGUGGCAUUAAGGACCUUGCCUUCAGCCGAACACCAGGUGGUUGCUGUAGCUGCUCGAGACCUGAUGCACGCUCAGGCAUUUGCAACGAAGCAUGGCAUCUCACGAGCCUACGGAAGUUAUGAAGAGCUAGCCAACGAUUCAGAGAUUGAUGUAGUCUAUGUGGGCACUAUCCAUCCUCACCACUUGAGUGCUGGCAGGCUCUUCAUGAACGCCCACAAGAACGUUCUGAUUGAGAAGCCUCUGGCUAUGAACGCAGGAGAGGCAUCAGAGUUGAUCUCCACAGCCAAGAGGAACAAUGUGUUCAUGAUGGAAGCCCUGUGGACGCGGUUCUUUCCUGUGUCGGUGGAGAUCCGUCGGCGUCUGGCCCAGGGGGAGGUGGGGGAGGUGCAGCUGGUGCGGGCUGACCUGGGCGCUCCCCUCACACACAUCCCUCGCCUGGCAGAGAGAGACCUGGGUGGAGGGGCUGUCCUGGAUCUGGGGGUCUACUGCCUGCAGUUUGUCUUCAUGGUGUUCAAUGGGGAGAAGCCAGAGUCUGUGCAUGCGAGUGGCUUCAAUCUAGAUACAGGAGUUGAUGGAACCAUGGUGAUAGUUCUGAAGUUUUCUGGAAACAGGAUGGCUGUGUGUACUUGCUCCAUUACAAUGAUGCUGACCAACGAUGCUGUAAUCGUUGGGUCUAAGGGUACCAUCAAAGUGCCAGACCACAUGUGGUGCCCAACCACACUGGAGGUAAAUGGGGAGGUGAGCAAGCAUCCACUCCCUGAGCCCUCAAUGCCUCUGAACUUCAUCAACAGCACUGGUCUGUGCUAUGAGGCCCAGGAAGUGCGCCAGUGUCUGCUUCAAGGCUUAAAGGAGUGCCCUGUGAUGUCGUGGUCAGACUCCAGCCUUCUGGCAGAGGUGAUGGAUGAGGCCAGAAGAGAAGUGACAUGACUGACUGACCAAUGGAAUAAAGGCCAACAAAACACACCUCACACUACACUACAAUGUAUGUUUUUCCUCUGUGCUCUAGUUCAUGUUCAUAGAGUAUUCCUGGUAAAUAUUAUCAUGUUUGAUGAUGAUGGUUCAAUUCAUCGUAAUUGUGUUCAACUGUCAAAUAUUCUGAAACGUGUAAAUGUAUUGAAAGUGAUCUGUACAAAGUCUGAGAGUUUGGGGAUUCUUUUUGUAUAUGGAGAGAAAGUGCACUCGUUUCAUUAAGUUGUGCACUUGUUUUACUAAAUCAUGUGCACAUUGUGCACAGGUCAUAUGCUUGUUCUACCUAAUUAUGCACUCGUUUUAUUAAAUAAUUUUACCAUAUGAA